CGCUUGGCCCGGCCAUAUGGGAAAAUGCAACUGAAGGAAUUGUUGUGAAAAAAGGGACAGCGAGUUUGAAAUAAAAGUUGUUAGAGUGGUACUGAGGAGAAAAAAGAAUCCGAGACCAUGUACUGCGCAUACACAAUCCCGGGCAUGGGCGGCAACUCUUUGAUGUACUACUAUAAUGGGAAAGCGGUCUAUGCUCCAUCAGCAAGCACUGCCGACUACAAUAGGGACUCGCCAGGCUACCCUUCCUCAAAGCCAGCAGCCAGCACUUUCCCUAGCUCCUUCUUCAUGCAAGAUGGCCAUCACAGCAGUGACCCUUGGAGCUCCUCCAGUGGGAUGAGUCAGCCUGGCUACGGAGGCAUGUUGGGCAAUUCUUCUCAUAUUCCACAGUCUAGCAGCUACUGCAGCCUGCAUCCACAUGAGCGUUUGAGCUAUCCAUCACACUCCUCAGCAGACAUCAAUUCCAGUCUUCCUCCGAUGUCCACUUUCCACCGUAGUGGCACAAACCACUACAGCACCUCCUCCUGCACGCCUCCUGCCAACGGGACGGACAGUAUCAUGGCAAAUAGAGGAAGCGGGGCAGCAGGCAGCUCCCAGACUGGAGACGCUCUGGGGAAAGCACUUGCUUCGAUCUAUUCUCCAGAUCACACUAACAACAGCUUUUCAUCAAAUCCUUCAACUCCUGUUGGCUCUCCUCCUUCUCUCUCAGCAGGCACUGCUGUUUGGUCAAGAAAUGGAGGUCAGGCCUCAUCAUCUCCCAAUUAUGAAGGACCCUUGCACUCCUUGCAAAGCCGAAUUGAAGAUCGUUUAGAAAGACUGGAUGAUGCGAUUCAUGUUCUCCGGAAUCAUGCAGUGGGCCCAUCCACAGCUGUGCCUGGUGGUCAUGGAGACAUGCACGGGAUCAUUGGACCUUCUCAUAAUGGAGCAAUGGGUGGUCUGGGCUCAGGGUACGGAACCGGCCUUCUUUCAGCCAACAGACAUUCACUCAUGGUGGGGGCCCAUCGUGAAGAUGGCGUGGCCCUGAGAGGCAGCCAUUCUCUUCUGCCAAAUCAGGUUCCGGUUCCACAGCUUCCUGUCCAGUCUGCGACUUCCCCUGACUUGAACCCACCCCAGGACCCUUACAGAGGCAUGCCACCAGGACUUCAGGGGCAGAGUGUCUCCUCCGGCAGCUCUGAGAUCAAAUCUGACGAUGAGGGUGAUGAGAACCUGCAAGACACAAAGUCUUCUGAGGACAAGAAAUUAGACGACGACAAGAAGGAUAUCAAAUCAAUUACUAGGUCAAGAUCUAGCAAUAACGACGAUGAGGACCUGACUCCAGAGCAGAAGGCAGAACGUGAGAAGGAGCGGAGAAUGGCCAACAACGCCCGGGAGCGCCUGCGGGUCCGAGACAUCAACGAGGCUUUCAAGGAGCUCGGCCGCAUGGUGCAGCUCCACCUCAAGAGUGACAAGCCUCAGACCAAGCUCCUGAUCCUCCACCAGGCCGUGGCUGUCAUCCUCAGCCUGGAGCAGCAAGUCCGAGAAAGGAAUCUGAAUCCGAAAGCAGCAUGUCUGAAAAGAAGGGAGGAAGAGAAGGUGUCCUCAGAGCCUCCCCCACUCUCCUUGGCUGGCCCGCACCCYGGAAUGGGAGAUGCAUCCAAUCACCUGGGACAGAUGUGAAAGGGUCCAAGUUGCCACAUUGCUUCAUUAAAACAAGAGACCACUUCCUUAACAGCUGUAUUAUCUUAAACCCACAUAAACACUUCUCCUUAACCCCCUUUUUUUGUAAUAUAAGACAAGUCUGAGUAGUUACGAAUCACAGACGCAAGAGGUUUCAGCAUUCCCAAUUAUCAGAAAACAGAAAAACAAACAAAAAAAAAAAAAAAAGAAAGAAAAAAGUGCAACUUGAGGGACGACUUCUUUAACAUAUCAUUCAGAAUGUGCAAAGCAGUAUGUACAGGCUGAGACGCAGCCCAGAGACUGAAUGGCAAUCUUUCCACACUGUGGAACAAUGCAUUUGUGCCUAAACUUCUUUUGGAAAAAAAAAAUAUAAUUAAUUUGUAAGUCUGAAAAAAAUAUUUAAUUUAAAAAAAAUUGUAAACUUGCAAUAAUGAAAAAGUGUACUUCUGAAGAAAAACUACAUGAACGUUUUUGUUGGUAUUCAAGUCAGCUAGUGUUUAUUAUUACUGGAUAUUGAAUAGGGGGAGCUCAGCUGCCCUAGUCACAAAACCAGCAAACGUCCUGAUGACAAGAAGUGAUGACAUUAGCCAUUCCUUAGGGUAGGAGGAACAGAUGGAUCUUAUAGACCUAUGACAAAUAUAUAUAUAAAUAUAUAUAUAAAUAUAUAUUAAAA